AUGGCCCGGUCCAACCAAGUUCUUCUCGCCGUCUUCCUCGCCCUCACCGGCGUCCAGGCCGCCCCCCAACCGGCGCGCUUCGGCACCCCCGUCCUCGCCGCCCGCGCCGACGCGCCCGCCGAGUUCGAGGCCCAGCCCUCGGCCGGCCCCGGCGGCAGCUCCUUCAAGGACUCGGCCCACUUCCGCGUCUACGGCGCCUCCGGCACCGCGGCCGACGACGCCCUCGGCAUGCUCGAGGGCGCCUACGAGUGCUUCGUCAACACCCUCGGCUGGCGCAGCUCGGGCCUGUCCUUCAACGACGAGAGCGACGCGGGCCCCUACUACAAGACCAACGUCUACUCCGUCUCCAAGCUCGAGGGCGCCGCCGGCGUCAUGCACUCCGAGUUCUCCACGGGCGCCGCCUGGCUCGAGGUCGUCGACACGUACCUCCAGACGCCCGGCGUCACCGUCCACGAGUGGGGCCACGGCCUGCACUACCACCAGAAGACCUGGGUCGACCAGAGCGCGACGGGCACGUGGUGGGAGACGGUCGCCAACUGGGUCGCCGACACCUACCAGACCUCGGACCUCUGCGCCGCCGCCCGCGAGAAGCACAACCAGCCCGAGGGCCGCACCGAGUUCGAGGUGAACAAGGUGCUGGGCGACUCGUUCCAGGUCAUCGUCGACGGCACCGUCGACUCGGGCAACUACUACCAGGCCUGGCCGUUCCUGACCUACCUCACCAACAACCCGGACAACAUCGGCGGGCUGGGCAAGGACACGCUGCACCAGAUGAUGAAGCAGUACAAGGCCGGCAGCAACGAGACGCCCCUCCACGUGCUGGACCGCGUCGCGUCCAACUCGACGGCCGGCGACAUCGUGGGUCACUACUGGGCGCGCAUGGCCUACGUCGACAUCGGCCACAAGCAGGCGCAGGAGAUCUUCCUGGCCGAGCAGAGCCGCAUCAACUUCGCCAACGUCGAGGGCUCCGGGUCCGAGUACAAGGUCGUCUCCGCGCGCGCCCCCCGCUACAUGGGCGCCAACAUCAUCCCCCUCAAGGUCACCGGCGACAAGGUCGACGUCAAGGUGACCUCCUCCGGCGAGUACACGGCGACGCUGUCCGUCUUCGACGCCAGCACCAAGAAGGGCCGCUACGUUCCCCUGGCCGGCGGCUCCGGCUCCGCGACGAUCGCCUCGGGCGAGGAGGUCAGCCUGGUCAUUGCCAACACCCCCAAGACGCCCAUCCAGUACAACGGCUUCGAGCUCGCCAACAGCGAGGCAAACAAGGGCAUGGACUACUCCUUCACCCUCACCGGUGCCACCGCUUAG